GUGUUGCAGUCGCUCAGAGGGUUGUGACAGUCCAGAAUGGACCCCUGGUUCGGACCGAAGGCUCCCACGUGACCAUCUGGUGUAACGUGACGGGCUACAAAGAUGGCUUGAAACAGGACUUUGACUGGUCCAUGUACCUACCAACAGCUCCAGGACGGGAGAUCCGGAUCGUAAGCACAGCUCAAUCAGACUAUGCUUACGCUGUGUAUGCCCAGAGAGUCAACAGCAAAGAGAUCUUUGUGGAGAGACUGAGUGACGACUCGGCAGUGCUUCACAUCACCAGGGUGCAGGCCAGGGACCAAGGUGUGUUUGAGUGUUACACCCCCAACACGGACGGGCAGUACCUGGGAUUCUAUAGCGCACGCACCAACCUCACUGUCAUCCCUGACUCGUUGAUGGUAACAGCUCCUCCCCAGACCCUGUCCAAAGUGGAGGGUGACACGUUACAGCUCAACUGCGAGGUGUCUCGAACCACGAUGCAGCACACCCACCUGUCGGUGGGCUGGUACCUCAGGUCCCCUGAGGAUGCAGCCGCCCCACCUCAGGAGCUGGUCACUCUGUCGAGGGACUUUGUCCUGCGCUCUGGAGGACCUUAUCGGCAGAGGAUGGCAGCGGGGGAUCUCAGAUUGGAUAAAACCAGUGCGACGUCCUACAGGUUGACCAUUCACAAGCUUCAGCCCGUAGACCAGGGACUGCUCUACUGUCAGGCAGUCGAGUGGAUCCAGGAUCCCGACGGAAGCUGGUUCGCCAUGACCCGCAAGCAGAGUGAAAAAACACAACUUCGCAUCCAGCCGACCGAUCGAGACUUCAGCAUCCAGGUGAGCACGGAGCGGCGGUCCUUCAUGGCCGGUGAGCCGCUGGAGCUUCGCUGCACCAUAGAGGCGCAGAACGUCCCGGAGCGCUUCUUUUCGGUGUCGUGGGUCUUCAGCAGCUCAUCCGUGGCCGUGGUGGGCCCCAGUGCCGUGCCUGUCCUGGGCUCUGAGUAUGUGGCCCGCGAGGCAGCCGGACUCAUGACCGUGCGCAAAGAGAGUCCCAACGUGUACCUGCUCAAGCUGCAGCGCUUGAGCCCCAAAGACACCGGGAAGUACAUCUGUCGCGUUACGGAGAGGGAGAAGACGCCGACGGGGGACUUCAUCGACCGCAGCAAGCGCUCGCGUAACGUCCAGAUCACAGUUCAGCCACUCAAGAGCAACAUCACAGUUUCGCUGUCCAUCAACUCCUCUGAGGUCCUAGAGGGAGACCGGAUCCAGCUAACCUGCUCGGUCCACUCCGCUACAAGCCCGCUGUCCGUCGUCUGGCAGUGGACAGACAAGCAGUCGGCUGGACCAAUCCAGGAAAUAGCCUCUGUGGAUCGGGACGGGACUGUCGUCCAUGGGGCCAACUACAGAGAGCGCUCCGGCUACGGGGAAAUCCGCGUGGAGAGGGUGCGCGCCGACGUGUUCUCCCUGUCCCUCUACAACGCUUUACCUGAGGACGAGGGUCAGUACCGCUGCACAGCUACCCAGUGGGUCGAGAACAUCACUGAAACGGAGCCAAACUGGCAGAAGAUCGGAGAGCAAUCAGCCAGCAAAGCGGUCACGGUCAAGACUGUCGAGUCCUCCUUCAUGGUGUCAGCCUCGUCACGCACGCCAUCCGUCUCCUUCGGGGAUUCCUUUGACCUCCUCUGUCUGGUCAAGCCUCGCCACAACCCCAGAGUCCCCACGUCGGUCACCUGGCGCUUCAUGCCGGCCGGCGCGCGCGCCGACGACGAGGAUCAGGGAGAGUUCAAGGACCUGGUGACGUUCACCCGCGAGGGCACCCUGCAGUGGGGCGAACAGCUGCUCGGGCUGGGCACCCGCACCACCGUGGACCGCUCGCACUCCAACACCAACUUCCGUCUGUCUGUGACCCGGGCGGGGCGACGCGAGGCCGGCAAGUACCAGUGCACCGCCAUCCUGUGGAGGAGGAACUACGACAACAGCUGGAGCAGAGUAGCCAACCGCACCUCCAACCUGCUUGGCAUCAGCGUCCUGCAGCCCGAGAGUAAGCUGAAGGUGCUAAAGAACAACCAGUCUCUUGCGUACCAGGAGGACAGCCGAGUCAGGAUCAACUGCUCCAUCGCCUCCCAGACCAGCCAGGACUCCCAACACGCCGUCCUGUGGUACAUAAGACGGGCGUCGGGAUCAGACACCGACGAGCUCCUGCUGAGAAUCGAACGCACGGGAGCCUUUGAGUACGGCGCCUACGCAGACGAAGAAAGACUGAGGCGGCGGGUCCAAGCCGAGAGGCUCUCGCCUCGUCUCUAUGCGCUGACGCUGAACAGGGCAGAGAGCAGCGAUUCAGGGACGUAUUACUGCCUGGUGGAGGAGUGGCUCAGCGACCCGGACGGCGCCUGGUACCGGCUCUCUCGAGACACCUCGGGGUACACCAAGGUUCUAGUCAAACAACCAGAGCCUCAGCUACGCGUUGACGAGCUUGAGAAUAACGUGACCGUGGAGGAGUCCAGUUCGAUCAAACUGGGCUGCAACAUUUUCAGCCAGUCCUCUCCCGACUCGCGCUUUUCUGUUUUCUGGUACGUGGAGCGCUCCGAUGGCGAGGACGUCGAGGACCAGCCAGGCGAGGACGGCGAUAAGCGGGACUGCGUGUUUUCCAUCGGCCAUGACGCCAUCUUUGGAAAUGGAAACUGCAGCCCCCCUGACGACACUGGGCCAAACUCCCGCUUUCAGUUUGAGAGGACUACCUCUGAUCAGUACAGCCUGACCAUCCACGGGGCCCGGCCCGCGGAUGCUGGUCGUUACUAUUGCCAUGUGGAGGAGUGGCUCCUCAACCCUCGCAACGAAUGGUAUCGUCUGGCCACCAAUGACUCCGGCGUCACCAUCGUCAAUGUACUGCAACAAGUGUCCACCAUCCAUUCAGUGGUGUGCUCCACCGAGUCCCUCUUCUAUUUCAUCUUCUUCUACCCUUUCCCAAUCUUCGGCAUCCUCCUCAUCGCCUUGUUGGUCGUGCGUUACAAGGGUCGUAACAACAACAAGAGCCAGGAGGGCAAGAACGGCGCCCCCCUGCUGUGGAUUAAGGAGCCUCACCUCAGUUACUCCCCCACCUGUCUGGACCCCCCAGCACUCAGCUUGCACCCCGGUUCAGUUGACUAAGCCAGGCAGGGUCCGACCCCCGCCCCUUUUCCUGCCUCACGCACAUCGCGGACUCAGCCGACACAAUGCCAGGGAGCCUUUGUGGACUCCACCUUCAGAUCUUACUGUUGUUCAAUGCCGUGUUGAAUUAGUCAAUGAGUUUCAAGAUUUCUACCCUGGCGGCUGUUUGUUUUUAUGUUGACGACUGUGUGUUUGCGUGCGUGUGGCCGUGCUGACGAGGAUGGAUGUACCAUUUCAGCACAGUUAAUUGUGCGAGGGCAAACUGAAGGGCGAGGGAAUGCCGUGGACCUGUCCCAUUUCUGCAAAGCCUAAUCCCAUAGUUGCGUUUUGAUUUUUAUUACAAUAUAUAUUUAUCUAUUUUUCAAAAGAGGUCGGGGACAAAAACUUUGCAGAUAAAAUUGCUGGCCAGUCUGGGAAGAGCAUUUAAGAGAGUGAACUCUGCAGGCGACUUCAGCAUUGAACGGGAUGCCAAAAAAAGUCCUCAAACUGAUCCAAGUGCAGCCACAGCCUAGCCUACUUUGCUGGUUCCCAUAGCAAUGCUCUGCACCCACUGACUUCGCAGCCGCCGGCUCCGUUGCCAGGCUGCAUGGAGACAAAGGCUAGGACACACAAGUCUGUGUCCUGAGCGGGGAUGUGUGUUGGCCCACCUGCCUUCACAAUGAAUUCGCCUUGGCAGACUGAAACAAGUCCUGGUGUACCACUUAAACACUGCCAGACACUCUGGCCCGAGUGAAAGACUGCCCCGCUCGUCUUCUCCACCCUUCUCUCCGAACGGAGACGGCGAGGGGAAGUAAAGGAGGCUGAAAAUUAUGGGGAAUAAAUGAAAAGGUCUCUUUUACUGCAGACAUAUGUACUUAAACAUAAGUGAUUUUCAUUUUUUUUUUUUUUUAUUUCAGUGCCAAGUGCUCCUCAUUUCCAUGCUGUCGUCUGCAGCUAAUGUUUGAAGUUUUUAAAGACAGUGGGGAAGCUGAUGGGUUCAGAGGCAGGCGAUUAAUAUUACUGCAUAUGUCCCGCUGUGGAUUUAUGGGCCUUGUUGGCAGUUAAAUCUUAAAUAAGUUGAACUUUUUUUUUAUUAAAUUAAACGAGUUACUGAAUGAAAUUCGAUUUUUGCACAUUCUCUUUAGUUGCCCGGUAUCACUACUCCUUUUUAACACAAAGGCCACAAUGAAGAUUAAUAAUGUGCAGAAGUGUAAUAAAACACGCAAAAUGUUACCUGCACAUAAUUUGACGAGGAUAAAUGAGGAUUUAUUUUAAGAUAUUUUCUAUUUAUUGUUUUAUACUUUUUUGCAUUGCUUUGUAAGAUUUUCUCUUUUUUUGCCUCUUUUUUGUUUCUUUAAACUUUUGUGCAUUGAGCACAUUAUAUCAAUAGCCUGUGUGUUGAAAAUGUGGUAGAAGUAGAAAUGCUAGAUCCGUCCUGCGCAUUGCAGUUUGUAGCAUUUCAUUACCAGGCUGUCGGGUUCGUUCAGUGUCCGAACACUGUAUAUCUAUACAUAUAAGACUACGCUGUGGCUUUGAGUGUACAAUAGUUGAACAGACAAGUCACACAAAUAGAUUGACUUAUAUGCUUUUUUUGGCUUGUUUAUUUAGUGAAAUGUGAUGUAACACCUAUGUAGGAUGUUUCAACUGAAAAUUGGGAUGUUUAGUUUGUUUGUUUUUUCCAAUCAUGGAAGCUGGCUCCCCCAAUAACCGUGACAUCAGGCAGAAGGGCUGAAAAAGCUGCCCCACACCUUCUCAGCCCAGAGAGGCGAAACCCUCUGCUCAACCCAUGCACUGCCAGACUGGACAUGAGAACUCUUGAGAAAAAAAAACCUGUCUCAGUUGUGUCAACAUGUAUAUUGCAUGACAAUAUUACAGGAGGAAUUUUGAUGUUUUGUAAAGUUUUCAACAUUUUGAACCCUGUGUUUUUGUGAUGGAGCUGACAGCCUUCCCCUCUCUCUCCUUCCUCCCGAACUUCCUGAGCCAAGAGUCCACACCGUGUCCGGUCCCCCCUGGCCGUCUUGGAUAUUUGACUGCCGGUCCAAGACGCCCUUCGAACCCGUUUAAAUAGCUGAUUUUAAGAAUGGGUGUUGUGGAGAUUGUGUUUGAUAUUAUUGCUCAUAACUGUCUUUUUAAUGCUUUGCUUUUAUGCAGCACUUCAUUAAACAGAUUUAUGUCAAUAAAAGCCAAAAAUGUGUUCCCAGCACUGACACAAGACACAGAGUUACAAGAUUUCAGCUUUUUAUUUAAAGUUGUAAAAGUUGUACGUUUGAGUAAAGCUUGUACUGUUUAGUGACAGAAUGUGUGUGGUAAGGUAAGUAGACAAAUGCGUCCCAAAGGUACCAGUGAUGCAUCGAAAGGAUGUCACUGUACUAUGGGGUAAGAUAACUGUCAAUAUAAACAUAUGCAUAGGUGUCUGAAUUUGUAAAUGUAAGUCAAUAAGUGUGAAUAAAUUUAAGAUUUGUAUUUGUUCCUGGUUGUCAACUCAUGCAUAUACAUGUGGAUCACAAGUUUCAUCUGUGAGGAUACAAGUUUAGAAGUUACAUAUAGAAGUUACGGAGGUACAACUUUGCAACAGUACAAGUACAAAUCACAAAUUUACGAGUAAAAUAACAAAUGUACGAUUACAAAUCAGAUUUACAAGUACGAAUCCCAAAUUUUCGAGUACGAACCCCAAAUUUAUGAGUACGGAUUACAUUUGUACGAGUACGAAUCUUCAACCCCUGAUGAGGCCGUUCUACACUUCCUCACCAGUUGGUGGCGGUAAUGCACUUUAUUUAACCAAUCGCCUUUAAACGAGAAGAAGAAGAGAAGAAGAAAACAGCAAUUGCGUUCUCACAUAUGAAACAUAUGUGGUCACAUGUCGUUACUGCCACCAACUGGUAGGGUGUGUAAAAGUUUCAUCGGGGGUUGUAAAUUCGUACUUGUAAAUUUGUGAUUUGUACUGGUAUUUUUGCAACAGGAACAAUCAGAAGGGUUCACAUCACACCAGAUUUAUCCUCUUUAAAUUGGCUACCUGUCAAAUUUACAUUGAUUUAAAAAUUUUAGUUUUGACUUUUAAAACUUUUAUUGGACGGCGCCCCCAACACACCUCACACCUUUUAAUCCCUCACUCUUCUGGCCGUACUCUCCAGUCCUCGAUCUAAAAGCUUCUGAAGGUCCCCACGACCCAGUUUAAAACUUGAGUGGACCUGUCCUUCCAAGCUGUAGCCCCCAGACUGUGGAAUGCUCUGCCCCUGUCUCUCAGUGUGGCCAACUUUGUUGAACCCUUUAAAAAGCAGCUGAAGACACUUUUAUGCAGAGUUUACUUAAAUGUAUGUUUUUUUUUGUUAUUGAGAGCUGUUUGGUGUUUAUUACAAUCAGUAAAGUACUUUGUGAUAUUUAUCUGUGAAGGGUGCUAUAUAAAUAAAGUUUACUCACUUUGUAACUUGUAUUAUCACAGAUGAAAGAUCUGAUGUCACACGGAUAUGCACGAGUUGACAGCCAGGAACAAAUGCAAAUCUUUAUUUACAUAUUUAUUCACGUUUAUUGCCUUACAUUUACAAAUUCAGACACUUAUGCAUGCCUUUAUAUUGAACUGUUAUCUUACCCCAUACUGUACAGCUCAACUUCCCAUGUGUGGAUGCCAGACAGGUGUCAGCUAAAAUGAGUAAAAAGUAAUAUUGAUAAGUAAUAGGUUGUGUCACACUAUGACCACAAAGUAUUGAUCUCAUUUUGUUUGAAUUUUAUGAUAGACCAACAAAAAGUAGUGCAUAGUUUUAAAAAUAGAGAUAAACUUCAUACAUGUUUUUUUAUAGUCAGCUAUGUGUGACAAAAUAUCAGUAUAAGUACAGCUGUACUGUGAAGGCCACUGAGGUUUAUUUUGAGAAUAUCUGUGAACAAACCGUAAUUAAUACAGUUUUCAGUUCUCAUAUAAAGGGGCCUAUCCACGUACUAUGACUUUAUGGAUUUCUACGCCAAUAACUCACUCUGGUUGCAUAUAAAGGUUUUUACAAUAAAAUUAUAGUGCCCUGUU